GUUCCUCCACUCAGAAUCUCUCCCCCUCUCACUUUCUACUCCGCAGUGUCUCUCCUCCCUCUCUUUCUCUAUACUCUCCUUUACUUCCAUUACAGUAUUACACCGGUCUGGAUGAUUGCAGAGACAGCAACAUGGCUGUGAAUCUCGGCAAGAACAGACUGGCCCUUCUAACAGCCUACCAGGAUGUUAUCAACGAGACCUCGUCCACUGACUGGGCCUUGUUCUCAUAUGAGGGCAAACAGCAAUGAUUUGACUCUGGCAUCAUCAGGAGCUGGAGGUCUACCAGAGAUCACAGUGACCUUCGAUAAUGGCCGGGUCAUGUACGGCUUCUGCAGCCUGAAGGAGCCCACGGCCGCACUGCCACGCUACGUCCUCAUCAACUGGGUUGGUGAGGAUGUGCCUGAUGCCAGGAAGUGUCAGUGUGCCAGCCAUGUGGCUAACAUUGCAGAGUUUUUCCAGGUCAGUCUCACUGAGGGAGUCAACGUCAUCAUCAACGCCAGCACCAUGGAGGACAUCGAACCAUCUGCCAUUGGACAGAGACUGACAAAUGGGAUGGCUUCGGUAGCCAGCCCCGUCCUCAGCCGGCUGAGAACCAGAGAGGAGGAGAAUGGAGAGGAUGGAGUGGGCACCGUGUACACCAAAACCAACGCAGAGAUUGAGAUGAAGAAGAUCAAUAGAGAGGAAUUCUGGGAACAAGCCAAGCGUGAGGAAGAGUUGAGAAAGGAGGAGGAGAGGAAGAAGGUUGCGGAGGAGAGGCAACGCUUUGAGGAGGAGAGGAUGGAGCUGGAAAGGAAAGAGCAGGAGGAUAGAGAGAAGAGGUACCGCGAGAGGGAGAGGCAGAUCGAGGAACACAGAAAGAAGAUACAGGAGGAAGAGGAGGCCAAAGAGAGGACACGGAACCAGCCCCUCGUAACAGCAGAACCUAGCUAUGAGGACCUGGAGAAGGAGAAGGAGUCUGAAGUGGAGGAGGCGAAAGCCCUCAUUGCCCAGCGGGCGGACAACCCCAGGGAGUUCUUUAAGCAGAAGGAGAAGGCUGUGGCUACUGGUUUGGACAUCUCCCCUGUCUCUAGCCACAGGACCGGCCGUUUGGACAGCCCGUUACCAGGUCGUUUGGACAGCCCGUUUUUGAAGCAGCAGCACAGUCCCAGCGAGCCCAGUCCGCCCCCCCUCCGCACCCCACCUCACGCAAGGCUGCAGCCCACUGCACCCGAUGGCGAUGAUGAAGGGAGCUUAGAUCACAGUAUGGGAACGUCCUCAACGCCAAUCCCCAAAAUAGUCACCACACCCAUCCAGGAGGCGGAGGAUGACAGCCGGAACGAGUGGGGUGAGCCCAAGCAACAGCCAGGCCCGGUCCAGGACUCCACCCCCACCAAGCCCAUUCAGAGCGUGGCACCCCAGACCCGCACAGACUCCAAAACCCCAUCCUCAACCCCGGACGACUAUGACCCCUUCUCAGGCUUCAGGCCUCUGCCUGCCCCCACCACCGCAGACCCCCUGGUGGAGCUAUGGGACAGCAGCCCUGCCACUGGCAUCGCCCCCUCUCAGGCCCCACACCCUGGAGGGCAAGCCCAGCCCCUGCUGAGCUUUGACGAGAUGGGGGAUGUACCAUUCUGCCCGGGAGGUCCCGAGGGGGUCGAGGAAGAGCCCUCCAGCCUAGUGGAUGUGGCCGGGACCCACGAUAUGACCCUGAGCUACCAGCAAGCACUGCAGCACGCUUCAGAUGAUACUCAGCUGAUGACCAACGGGGAGACCCUGCUCAAAGAAGGGACUCAGGCGAACAAGGGUUACUUCAGCCAAUCGCAGGAGGAGGAGAAAUGCUCUGCUAAAAUGACCCCAACGUCAGUGUUUUAUAACAAGCCACCAGAGAUCGACAUCACAUGCUGGGACACAGACCCUGUAAUGGAAGACAGCGACUAGACCAUGGCGAAGUAGUCCGGCCCGGCGGUGGGAAGCAGAAACAACGCAUCAUCAACAACGAAACAGACUUUUUAAAAAGUAGUAACAACAACAAGUCUUGCAUUAAAAAAAAAUGUAAAAUGUUCUAGAAGGGGGAAAAAACUGAUGUUAGCCACAGAAAAGGUUUUUGAGUUAUUGUUAAAGAUGCUAAUGGGUUAAUAAUAAGCUCUUUGGUUUUGGGUUUUCUUUUUAAUGUUUUUUUUGCUAUGCGGAGUAAAUAGUGGGGAGUGGGGAAUACAGCAGACUAAACACCCUGUACCAGUCAGGUAGCCUAUUAGAAUGUAUAGCAACCCUCCCCCUCCAUUCUCCCUUGUUCUGGGUAGCUACAGUAGUUGGGGAUAAAAGAGGGAGUGGUGCCUGGUGGGAAGGAGGGAGAGUGGGAUAAAAGAGGGAGUGGUGCCUGGUGGGAAGGAGGGAGAGUGGGAUAAAAGAGGGAGUGGUGCCUGGUGGGAAGGAGGCAGAGUGGGAUAAAAGAGGGAGUGGUGCCUGGUGGGAAGGAGGGAGAGUGGGAUCAGAGAGGAGUGGUGCCUGGUGGGAAGGAGGUAGAGUGGGAUCAGAGAGGAGUGGUGCCUGGUGGGAAGGAGGGAGAGUGGGAUCAGAGAGGAGUGGUGCCUGGUGGGAAGGAGGGAGAGUGGGAUCAGAGAGGAGUGGUGCCUGGUGGGAAGGAGGGAGAGUGGGAUCAGAGAGGAGUGGUGCCUGGUGGGAAGGAGGGAGAGUGGGAUCAGAGAGGAGUGGUGCCUGGUGGGAAGGAGGGAGAGUGGGAUCAGAGAGGAGUGGUGCCUCGUGUAAUCCUGUAGUCUUUGAUGUUUCAGUUUGUCCAUGGGGCAAUGGGGGGGGGGGCAGAUGAAGGCGUGGCAGACAUCAGACUACAGGCUGGGAUAGCAGUACCGUUGUACUACCCCAUAGUAAGACCCUGAUACACACAAGGGAGGUAUAACGAAAUACUUGUUUUGUGCUGUACCACGUCACUUUGAAACGGAAUAUCUAUUGUAGUUUGUUAUCGUUGUGUUGGUUGGCAUCUCUCCCAGCAGAAAAUCUGACAUGGGGAAAAUAAGUAUGAUUUUUCUACCUAUUUAUAGAAGUGUUCUAUAAAUUGACAUUCAGGAUCUUUGAAUCAUGGCAAUAGCGGUAGUCUCUUGUUUUGUCUUCAGUGUUAACUAGGCAAUGACUGUAUCUAGAGCACUUAGAUGGGAAUGAGGACGUUCGUCACACAUUGUGGCACUAUGAACGGAACAGUGUGUCUUGUGCUAAGGUGGUUCUAGAGCUGCUACAGUAGUCUCUGCUUUGUAACACUACACCUUCUUUGCAGUAGAUGACACAAAUGCACCCUUUUGCUUUCCAUGUGUAUUUAUUUUCCUCGUCCUUCUUUUAAAAUGAUGUUGUUCACAUGCACGUCCCUAGAUGGCCUCAGCACCGUUUUGUGUACUAUUGUAAUUCUACUGUUGGACUACCUCUGUGUUAUUUUUGCACAGAUCUCAUUCUCUCACCCAGUUCUCUCGGUUCUGAUUUCACUGUUAACAGUCUAAAUGAGAACCAUUCCGGUGGAUUCGUUUUGCCAGGAGCCCUUCUAAAUGCUUUUGAUCAUCAAGCCUGGUUUUAAACGCUAUUAUUGCUCUAAUGUUUAGAAACAGGUUCUAGCUUCUUUAUGUAACCCUCUCCACAUGGCUUAUAGACCAGUCUUCCUUUAUUUGAUCUACAGGAGGUUUCUUAUCAUUACUGUUCACGGUUAUAGUUUCAUUCCUGAGAUGCCACUCCUUAGAUCUGAUUCUAUAUCAAUCCAGGCAUUCUUACCCAUAGAUAUAGAACAGUUCUAUAGCAGGUAUAUGUUGUUAUAGCUAUGUGCUCUUACCACAGAAUUCUGAGUGGGAACCAACAAGCAAUAAGAAAAUAAACCAAUCUAGUAUUUUGUCCUGUAAAUAGCGUUUGUUUUUUAGAAAUACACAACUACAACUAAUGAACGUCUAACACUUUGUCAUUGUGGCCCUUAUGAUUAUGGCACUUUGAAUUUAGGCUUGUUGUGGGAUUGAAUGAGAUGUUUAAAUGAAGUUUCUUUGAAGCGAAAUAUGAAAUGUGAUUCCAUAUCCCUACCAGCCUUUUUCUGUAUAUGAGAAUCAAAUAAUGCUUAGUAAGAGCCGACCAACCCGCAUCUUUAGCAGUAACUGACACCCUUUUCUACAUGAUUUCAAUAUAUACUUCUUCACCCUGAUAACCUCCUGGGUAGUAAUUAUUAUUCUCUCCCAAUCACACUACUAGGAGACUACUACUACUAUACUACUACUCUACUACUCUACUACUACCCCUCUUUGCCCCAAAGCAAGGCUUAGCUGUUCCUUGUCUUAUCUCUCUCUUUUCAUUUCAAAUAUAUUUUAUUUAUCUCUUAUCUCCCUCUUUUCCAUCCGCUUCUCACACGCUCUGUUUUUUAAAUAAGCACAAGAUCUUUUGUGACAUGCUAAGUGCUGAUGUAUGUUAAUAAAAGACUUAAAAACCUCCAAA